AUGUUAAAUAAAACCUUUAAACGUCGUAUUGCUGAUGUUUUAGAUAGGUUGAAUAAUUGUGAAUUACUUCAAAAUAGUGCAAUAAUAACUUUGGGACAAAACUUGGAAGAAUUAGAAAAUUCUCCAAAUGAAUCUGAAGAAAUAAUAUUAACUGAACUUCUCGUUUCAAUUGUGAUGGAGUCUGAUUUAGAAUGUAAUAUUUCAUUAUUGAAGGAGUUCAUUUCAGAAAUUCCAGUAAUUAAUAUAUCACCUAGGAUACGUCUAAAGGCAGUGAAAACAUUGUUAAAAUUUAAUCGUUACAAGGCUUUGAAUAUAUUCAGGAGAUUAUCCAGCAUAACAACUAACAACUCCAAACGUCUUCCUAUAGUAGUGAUCCGCCCUCUUUUAAAAUAUAUAUUGUGUAAUGAACGAGAUAUAGGAGAAAUACCAUCAAUCCAAGAACUAAUUAGCUUUUUUUUGAAAAAUAGCCAUUGUAUUUGUACAUUACUUGACAUCUGUUUUGAAAACAAAAAAUUUGAGCUUCUAAUAAAAUUAUUGAGUGACUUACUACCACUUAUAAAACUACCCUUUUUGUCUGAUGUAUUUAAUCUUAUUUGCUCGAAGGUUGUAUCAAAAGUUAAAUUUGAAACAUCCUUUAGUCCUAAAAAAGUUCAAGAUUUGUCUUUUUAUUCUUUAAUUGGUGCAGAAAAUAAUCAAAUUGCAUGCCUAAUUAUUAUAAUGAUUAUUAACUGCAGGAAAAGUACUUCUUUAUACCUUUUAUUAAUGACAACAGUCCUUAAUAUAAAGGGAUCAAUAAAUCUAACUCUUUUAUUAUUUCUGAGUUUAUUGUCAUCUUAUAAGUUAUAUUUAGAAGAUUCAAAUUUCAAAAAAGAUGAACUAGAAAAAAGUGAUGAUCCAGAAUAUGAAACAUUGACAGAUCCCUUACAGCUUAUUCAACUACUAGUUCAAUUAGCUGAAGAUAUUGAACCUCUCUUAUCGGACUCCAAGAAUCACCUAAUUGUAUCAAGUAUAAUAUCUUCAAUUAGUUUAUUAAUAUAUUACUGCAGUGAUAUAGAAUACUUGGACUGUCUUGUGAAUAUAAUUAUUAAACUAAAGUCUGUUAUGGCCCCUCAAGAUCACGUUUCUAUAUAUGCUUCUCUACUUUAUCAUACAAAAGGAGGCUUAGCACCAAAUGAACCUCUAGCUAUUUUUUCUUUAGAUUCAAUAAAAAAACUUGGAUAUAAUGAAAUUCCUGAUGAAGUGUAUGGGUAUUCUUUCAACAUUUCAGACUUUAUUACUUCUAUAAAAGGUUUAAUUCUUGUAAUAGAUGAUGAAAACCUAAUUUUGUCAGUUUUUUCACAUAUAUUAAUUGGGCUAUAUCCUGGUUUUUUACUGAUAAUCUCGAUAUCUCUCCUUAAUAUAAAUUAUAUCUAUACAGAUAUUAAUUUGAUUAGGAAUUUAGCUGUAAUGACAAAUUUUUUGUUGGGGAUUCCAAGAAACAAAAAAAAUAGUAAAAUCAACAAUGAUAUUUACAUAAAAAUAAUGUACAAAUACAUAUAUACAAUAGGCCUUAAUAAUCCAUUGCAGACUUUAGACUCAUUUUACCCUAAUUUAAUGAAACUCCAAGAUGUACAACCUAAUGUUGCUAAAGAACAGUGUCAUCUUCUAUGUACAUUAGCAACAAAUAAAUAUACCAUUCCAAUUAUUUAUAAACAUAUCAUCAAAAUAUCUAGUGAUAAUGAAUUAGAAACUUUCAAUCAGCCCUCAGAAAUCAAAUUGGAAAGUUUGUAUCAAAGUCUAAGGUUUUUAUUUGAGAUGUAUAUAAAUGGCGAACUUCCUUUUUCAAAGUUGGACACUAUACUUUGUAAAUGUACUGAGAAAGAGAAAUUAGGAAUCAUAGCUCCAUCUCAAUUUAUUGGGAAUUUUGAAUCAAACAUUUCUUUUCCUUUUGGAUACUUGAUAUUAUACAAUAUAAUUCGUUAUAAACCAGAUAUUAUAGAUGAAUAUCAUAUAUCGAUUAUUCAAGAAGGGCUUCUUUCUUGUGAUCCAAGCUUAGUUACAAUUUCGAUUCAUUGCUUAACUGAACUUUGUAAAGCAGAAAUUAUGGAUUUCGAGAAAUGUCUCAUGAUUAUUAUUAAACAUCACCCACUACUAUUUGAAACUAAAUUGGAACUUCCACACUUUGUGACUCCAAUAAGUUACAAUAAAGUCUCACAUUAUCAAUAUAUAGUACCUACUAUAUCAAGUUUUGCAAGAUUUGUAAAGUUCUAUAUAUUAAAAAUGUUUCCUAAGGACUCAACUUCCAUAAUUUCUAAUACUUUAUACUAUACUAUUCCUGCAAUGGUACAAAUUUGCAAUGAAAAAAUUCCACUAUUAUCUUGUUAUUGUUUUGAAGCACUUUCUCCAAUAUUUCUCCAAUAUUUUCAAGAUUAUCAAGAUCUGAAUUCCAAUUUGAGUUCAUUCAUUGAUUGGGUUAUGAGCAGCUUUAAUAGAAACCUUACUUUAUUUGAAGAAUUUUUGCAGUACAUCUUCGACUCAAUUUCAUAUAAUAUUGAUAUAGAACCAUUCAGUAUAAAUUCAUUAAAUUUCAUUAUUUCAACUUUAACUUAUCCUAUUUUAUCUAUUUUAAAUCAACAGGGAACAAGAACAGUAGGUACAACUCAAAACUCAGCAAGUCAAUCCUCUAAUUCUAGAUAUUUGAAUAACUUUUGGUUAAAGUCUCUCACAACAAUUAAAUCAAAAUAUAAUCACCAGAGUAUUCAGGAAUUAUUGAAUUUAAUUGUAUUCGAUCCAAAAUCAGUUCGUAUUGAAGUUUUUAAAAAUAAUAACUUAGAUGAUUUCAAGAAAUUUCAACAAAUAUUUAUUAGGGAGAUAAUUCGUACAGUAAAAUCCCUAAAAUUAAUUUCUUCUAAUAUUUUAAGAUUGAGGUACAUUUAUUUUUUUUCAGAUUUGUUUAGUAAAUAUUUUAAGCAGAUCGAAUUUAUUCACAAUCAUAUUCUCAAGCGACAAAAUACUAAGAAUUCUACAACAAACCGUACAACUAAAAAGAUUUCAAAUUCAAAAGGAAGUUCUUCACUUGAUUCUUUUUUAACUUCACCUUUUCUUUCAGAUACUCCUUUAAAAGAUAUUUUUAUAAAUGAAUCCUUAUAUCUAUUUUAUAUAAUGGCAUCCUAUUUACCAUUUGAAGAAAAUAGUGAAAACUCAAAUUUUUUUGAUUUAGACUUAAUUAAUAAAAUAAUAUCUGAUAAGAGUAAUGACUUACUUUUAAAGGAAGAAAUUUUUAUUGAUAGUCAGUGUUUUCUUGUAUAUGCAAUUGUUGGUUUAGCUAUAUGCAUACCUCAAAUUUCAGACUUAGUUUCUAAUUUUUUCUCUAUUCUUUUGAAAUUGGAGACAUUACCUUUUAAAAUAUUUUCUUAUGUUGUUUCAGGAACUUUUAUACUUCAUAAGAUUUGUUGUUUAGGACCUAUAAGAUUGAACAUGACUUCAGAAUUGGAGGAUAUUAUUUAUUUGGGCUUGAUACCUAUUCCUAAGUAUUCAAGUAGACUUUAUCCUACUGAAGAUCUUAUUGACUUAAGUUUAAUAGUCAUGAAUCAGGGUAUAAUCUUAAAUAAUAUGGAAAGUGAAUAUAACCAAGUUAAUGAGUGGAAAUCCAUUCUAGAUCAGUACUUGAAAAUUGAAAUGGGUGACUCACAAAGUCUCACAAAAUCUAGAGUAUUCAGUUGGACAUUUGGUAUAUCUACAAUUAUUGAAACUAUGUCUAAUACUCUUCCCACAAAAGAAAAUCUGCAACAUUUACUAAAUAUAUAUAGGAUAUUUAAGGGUAAAAAAAGUUUAAAUUUUAAUCUAGAUCGAGAAGUUUAUCCUUUGAUAUUAGAAUGCCUACUAACUGUUUCACUAUAUAAACACAAUUUAGUGACAAUAGAAGAACUUUGGAAUCUGACUGUAUACUGGGAGAAGAAUUAUGAGAGUUAUUCUAACAACUUAUCUGGUUUAAAGGAAGUUGAUAAGUCAAAUUUAUGGAUUAGUAUAGAUGUGUUUGCAAUUUGUUAUCUUCACUAUAUAGCAAGACAUUCAAAUGAAAGUUGCUCCAAAAACUUGUCUAAGUCUUGGAUCAAACCUUUAAUUAAACAGGUAAUAGCUACAAAUAUUUCAUGGGAUGACGAUUCACUAGUAUUUAUCUUUUCAGCAAUUUUUAUUUAUCAUGACAUUGUAAUUUUACCUUGGAAAUUAUCUUUUAAUAGAGAUUUGGAUAUGAUUAGUAAUCUAACAAGUUCGAUAGUAAAUUCAAGUGAAUUACUUGAAAUAUUUGAAUUUUUGUAUCAUCAAAUUGUUGAUACAAACCAAUUUCUAGCUAAAUCUCAAAGAAAAAAUUCAAAGUUAUCUUCAUUAAACUCUUUUGAGCAGUUUAUUUUAUCUUUGUCGGAUCCAACAAAAGCAACAAAUCUCAUACUUCUAUCUUCUUUUGUUUUUAUUGAUAGCAUGAACUUUUUAAAUUUCAACGAAAGUUCGUCUUCUUCAUUAACAUCCCCAUCAUCUUUGUUGUUCUAUCUUUUACAAAGAGUCAAUAAUAUAUUAUCAGGAUGGAGAAAAAACAUUCAUUUAUCUCCUUUUUGUGUAUCUUCCAUUUUAUUUGGAUCAAAUGAGAAUAUUCGUGAUAUUUUAAGUUUGGGGAUUAUUCUUAAAGCUAUUAAAUACUCUUCAUCACUAAAUUGUAUUAAUUUCAAUCUUUCAGGUAUAAUUCACUUCUUGCUUUUUGAUUGUGUUAUGCCAUUGAUUAGCAGUCAAUUUUUGGAGAAUCAGGGGCUUUUGGAGAUAGAUAGAAUGAAAGUAGUACUUGAAUGGUUUUGGAUUAUAUUUACGGACUUUAUGACUGUAUACUUAGUUAAUGAACCUUUUAUUAGUCAAAGUCUGACUAGAUUUGGUUAUCAACUCUUCAAUACUGGACUAUAUAGUCGAUCUAAUCACUCUUUUUGGAACAUCCUAAUUAUUUCAUACUUAAGGUUGGUACAAUGUAUAUUUAUUACAAUGAGCGAAAUCACUACCCUUAAUGACUUUAUGAGUUUUUUAUUCAUGGCCCUUACUGAGAGUAAUUCUCAAGAAACAAGUGUUUUAAAUCACAAUUCUGGGCUUUUCUUAAACUGUUUACUAGUAAACAUAAAGCAAAUUUUUAACAUUUACCAGAAUAAUAUAAAUAACACACAAAGCCAUACUCAAUUUCCAGAUUUCUCAUAUAGUCAACUACAGAGUAUUAGUAUAAAGACUCAAAGAAUAAUAAUUCCGCUCUUCAAGUACUAUCUAGUGCCAAAAAUGUAUGACUUUCCUUUCUCUGUAACAAUUUCAACAACUCUUCUAAUAAAGUCUAUACUAUCUAGCUUUGUAAGAUCUGAUUAUAGAGAUCUUAAUACUAGUAAGGAAUCAAUAAAGGGAAACAUUAUGAAUUUGAUUAAGAGUUUACCACCCUUGUGUAUAGGGUGGCUUGUUAUACACGAAGGAGUCCCUAUCGAAUUUCUACAUCUACGAACAAGACUAUACAUUGAAUAUGCUGAAGAUAUAAUAAACUCUGAACAUAUAAGAGAUAUAGUACAUACUGCAUUCUGCUAUUUCCAGUACACUAUUUUCAAAGAAGGUGACUUAGUCACAAGUAAUCGUGAAAAUAGUGAAUAUAUAUUAAAGUAUCUUUCGAGUUUAAUUAAAAUAGAGAAGUAUUCUUGUUCUUCUAUAUUAUUGCUACUGUAUACAUUAGCAUUUAUGUUUAUACCAGAUCUCAGUUAUCUUUUAUAUGAGGUUUAUAUAGAAGAUAAAGGUAACUUUACGAAUAAAACAAAGAAUUUAAUAAAAUCAACAGAGUGGCAUGAUAUAAGGAAUUUUUCUUUGUUGGACUCAGUAGACCAUCCUUCCUUUAAAAACCCAGAUGAUAUAUUUAUUGAUAAUAAAGGAAUACAAUUCUUAUCUUAUCACUAUGAUGAGAUAAAAGCAAACUUCUUUUCUAUUGAUACGAACUUUUUGUCUAUACAAAGUAGUUUUACUGGUGAUACCUGUUAUAUUCCAUGGAAUAUUUACAAACCAUCUCCAAUAUUUUAUAAUAUAAAUCUUUUCUUCAAAAAAGAAGACUACUUCAGCAGCCUAAAUAACUACAGAGAAGAUAUUAGGAUAUGGAGAAGACUUCUACCAUAUCGAUUUUCCAAUAAUCUUAAGAACAUUUCUCAAAUUAAUAAUUCCAAAUAUUCAAAUCUGAUAAAUAAAAUUGAAGAUUUGGAAAUUGUGAAGUUAAUAUUACCAAUAAUAUUAGCGUUUAUAGACAACAUGUACUCACCAAGUUUAAUAUCUAAUGAUUCUUUUAUUAAUUUGGACCUUAUAAAAACCUUUAAAUACAGCAUUCAAAAAUUACAUUUUAUCACCAAUAGAUAA